AUGGAUAGUACAGUCGAUCUCGAUUUAGUUGAGAAAUCAGAUAGACUUCGUGGAAGUCGUGACAGAUUCUUACUUGAUAGCAUUCUAAUCUUCGUUCUUCGGAAAGGAUAUAAAUCAAUAUCAAAAGAAGUUAUUCAGUUCUACAAUCAUUUUUCUUUCAAACCACCUCCUUUUUGUGUAUGGUGUUGUGCAGCAUUGUUAUUUCCUCGACUAGAAGAGGAAAAUCUCUCUGACAAUGUUAAUUUAUCUAAUAAUUGCCAAAAUCAAUUGGAAAAUUUGAUUACAACAGGUGAUGCCUUAUUUUCAGGAUUAAAUGAUUUAUCUCGAUGUAAACCAUCCCUUUACAAUUAUUUGAAAGAAGCUAAACGUGUUAUUAUGCAUUUGUAUUUGGAAUCAUUUUCAUCAACAAGUGACUAUACAUUGUGUUUUUCCAAAUUAAAUCAAUAUUUUCCUGUAUUUGAUCCAUCUGAGAAAGUGCAAAAAUUUCGAUUUCGAUUUUUAAAACUAUUAGCUUCUGAACAAAAAGUAACUCGUUAUUUAAAUGAAAAAUGGAUUCCUGCUAGAUCAUAUGUAUUACAAAGAUUACAUCGUUUAGCAUUGGAUAUUGUUGAACAACUUCCAGAAGUAUUAUUGGAUAAAGUUGGAUCAAGUGAAUGGAUUUAUAAUGAUGCAAUAUUAUUACAAUUAAAUACAUUAUUAGCUUUAAUGAUACAUCAACAGUUACUGUAUAAUAAAUCUGCAUGCACAGAGAAAGAUAUUGCAGAGAUUUUGCACACUUACUAUUCUCAUUCAUGUCCAUCGCAAUUAUUAUCAUGAAAUGUUAAUGCAUUUUUCCCCUAUUCAUAUUAUGUAAAUAUUUUGAAAAAAGAGUUGUAUUUUAGUAAUUUUUGACAUUUGUUUUUGCGAAAAUAGAACAGAUUUUUCUAAUUUUUUU